AUUUUUGCCAGCACUAAUCUUGCAGUUUUGGCACUUUCGAAGCGGAAAAAGAAAUAGUGUGUUUUUGUUUAAACAGUUGCACAAACAAAUAAAGAGUGUACGACUCGACGACUCAGCUGCCUAGAUGGCAGAACAUUUAGGAAGCAUGGAGAGUACCUCAGUGUCAGAGGCAAAGUACCAGAAACUGGCCAGCGAAUACUCAAAGAUGCGUGCCAAGGCACAAGUAUUAAAAAAUGCGGUGCAGGAUGAGCGGGCGAAGGUGGAAAGUCUGCGUGAGCAAUUGCAGCAAAAUGCAACAUCAUCACGACGCACCGAGCAGGAAGUAGACUCAUUGAAUUUUCGCAAUAAACAGCUAGAAUCGCGUGUCUCGCAGCUGCAGCUGGAGCUGUCGCUGCACGAACAGGCGCCCAAGAAAAAGGAACCAAGCAGGCGUGGUCUUUUAGGGGGCAUCAAACAGGAGCCGCCUAGCGAGACGCCACAUAAUACGAAUGCGGCGCAAGAGGCGCUCAUAUUCGAGGAGUUGCAAAAGAAAAUCAUGGAGAACGCGCAGCUGACAUCAUUGAUCGAUGACAAGCAGCGCGAUUUGUUGUUGCACACCGAACGAAUGGCAGAGCUGGAACACAAGUUGGAGAAGCGCACAAGUGACCAAAACGAGCUGGAGAAACGUUUGCGUAAAGAGCUCGAAACACUGCAACAUCGCAACUGCGAACUAGAAACCAAACUGGUCGAUGCAGCCAGCAUGUUGGGCAGCGAGGAUGCUUUAAGCGCCACUGGCAGCGACAGCACGCCGCUGCACAAUCCACUGCAGCAGCAGCAACAUCAACUCAAUACCAAUGCCGCCUUACCGUUAACUGCUGAGGAGCGUAUUGCUCUUCUGGAGAAGGAGUCAGCUCACUGGCGAGCUCAAUACGAGGCGGCAAAAGUCAUUCAGAACUUCAACUCGAACUCCAACUUAAAUUCGAACCCCAUUAUGGAUCUCAGCAGCAUUUGCAGCUGCAGCACAGCUGCUGCUGGCGUCACCGUUAAGCCUUGUAGCCUCGAAACUAAAUGUAGCCAGCGAGUGCGCGAUUCGCUACAAGAGCCCCUCGAGCCGCCUACGAAGGAACAGUUAAUCUACAGUGUAUUCAGUAGAAAAUACGAAGAUUUGCUGCGCCUCAAAGCGUUGGCCGAGUCGCGAUUGCGUUCGUCGGAGCAGGAGGCAAUGCAUUUGCAGAUUUGCCUGGAGAAUGCGACGCAAGAACUAAAAUCAAAGGAUGAGCAACAGUCCAGCUUGGGUGGGGCACUGCAAAUGCUCGAGGAAGAACUGACCACGACACGUAUUAACUAUGAGGAGCAGAUCAGCGUGCUGACAGAACAAGUGAUUAGCUUAAGUGAGCAAUUGGCGGCCGGCAAUUGAAUUGUAGAAUUAUGUAUGCCUUGCCGCGUUCCCCAUUCAAAAGUACCCAGGCCACAGUGGAGCAUCUAAUGUCGCUGUUUUGCUUUUGGUGCGGUUAGUUAUUGGAGAU